GGUUUAUUCAUGGAAAAAUAUUAUAGAUCUAGAUCUAUUCUAGAUCUAGAUUCUUAAUGUAUUUUAAAACCUUUUUUCUCUGACCUUUUUUGCUUGGCAUCGGCAUAUAGAAUCUAGAUAGAUAUAAAUCUUCUAGAUUCUAGAUCUAGAUUACUUAUAUUAUAUAGAUCUAGAUCUAGUGACAUCUAGUCCUAGAUUCUAGAAAUCUAGAUCUAUAUUAUAAUCUAUAUUAUUCUACUAGAUCUACUACUUAGGAGAUAGCAGACCUGGCGUAGCGCUAGAUUAGAUAUAAAUAAUGGAACAGGAACAACCACAGACACCACAGAUACCAGAACCUCCACAACCACCAGAGCCACCACAGGUACCAGAACUACCACAGCCACCAGAACCACCACAGCCACCAGUUGAUCCACCAUGUGCACGAGCACAGGCACUCCUCCUAAGAAUAAAAAGGGCAGUGACCUCAGCUGCUGGCAGAUGUUGUUCUGCCAGUUCCAGAGAACAAAAUGAAAUAUUCAAUGCAAGAUUACAAAAGCUGUAUUCUUACUUUGAGCUGGUGUGUUGUUUUGGAAAUGCUGCUUGCAGUAUUAAUUUGUUAAAAAAUUCUACGGCUACCAGAACAAGUUAUAGUCUAAUACUGUUGGUAGGAACUGUGAUUGCUCUCAUGAUGCUCAGCCCAGGAAUUAGACAUGAGCUUGAGAAUAACUCUUGGUUAUGCAGAGGAUUCUUUGGUAGUGAAGUUUUCACUGACUCUGAAUGCAACUUAAUCAUUGGUUUCCUGGCAGCGUAUAGAGUCUGCUUUGCAAUGACCAUGUUCUUUGCACUCUUGUUUCUUAUCACAAUAAAUGUUCCAUCAUCAAAUGGCUAUCAAGCAAGAAUUCACAAUGGUGUUUGGCCCAUCAAGAUUUCAUUUUUGAUUAUCAUCUGUGUUGUAGCUUUCUAUAUUCCAGAAAAAACAUUUAGCAAUGUUUGGUUGGUGUUUGGUUUUCUUGGAGGACUUAUAACAAACCUGAUUCAACUCGCUGCACUGUUUUAUAUUAUUCAUAUCUGGGCCAACUACUGGAAUUCACAAGUCUUUUACCGAGGUUUGAUUUCUUGUACUCUUCUGUUCUACUGCAUCAGCAUAGCAGCAGUGGCUCUUUUCUUUUUAUUUUACACACAGGACUGCCAACUGCAUCAAUUUUUUGUAGGAUUUAAUAUGACAUUGACAUUUUUAAUGAGUGUUUUUGGAAAACUACCUAAGUUGUGUAAAUGUAAACCUACUGUUGGACUCUUUGAGUCUUCAGUGGUAACAGCUUACAUCAUGUACCUCACACUGUCAGCCAUGUCCUUAAAUCCAGAUACACAAUGUAACCCUUUUCUGAAAAAUAAUAUUUUCAACACUACUGGUGUCAGAAGCGCUGGAUUUAAUGAUAUGACUGCAUCUAAUAUCAGCGGUUACAAUAUCACUGGAUUCAUCAAUAUUGAUAAGGAACUUGAGGAAGUGCGCAACAAGUCUGUAUGCUUCUGGGUUAAUGUCUUGGUUCUGUUAAUUGAUGUCCUCAUUAUUCUAGCAUUAAGCAUUUAUUUAAGUAGAACCAUGGAAGAAGAUGGCUCUGCCUCGAUCGAAACAGCUUACACUGAGGAAUCAGUAUUGGUAAACUCCAGAAUAGCGGGAUAUGGACUUAAUAUUGAUUCUUAUGACUUGAGAAAAUCGUAUGGGAUUAUGCAUGUCACAAGUAGAGGGAUAGGACAGCAAGCUGAGGAAGGUGUAGCUUACUCCUACAUGCGGUACCACCUGAUCCUGUUCCUUGGAUCUCUUUAUGUAAUGAUGACAUUGUCUAGCUGGUCAUGGAUGUUUGUCAACCCAAGUUAUGAUAUCAUGCUGCUAAAAGCCAACAAAGCCUCAGUGUGGGUCAAGAUAACAUUAAGCUGGUUAUGCGUUAUUGUACAUCUUGUGAUAAUGCCAUGUCUAAAAUCGGCCUUUGAUGUGUAGUGCAUGAAAGGCCAUAGAUGUGUUGUGCAUAGAUGCAGUUUUCUGCAGUUUUAUUCAUACUGUUAAAAUGUUUUCACAACUUAUUCUCAUCUUUUGUAUAUUCCAAAUGUAUAAAGUAUUUUUAAUUGACAUGAGCAUUUGUAUCAUUUAUAAUCCAAAACUUAUUUAUAACCCUGAAAAUGUGUUCCCAUAGGAUUGUUUAUGCACUUACUUUUUUAUCCUACAGUGUAUUGUAAACAUUAUUUGAAGCAUAUCUAAUAUAUUGCAUAUAAUGCAUUAUUUAUAUAUUUGUAGAUAUGGAGCAUAUACAUACAUUAGAUUUUAAAUUUUCAUUGUUUUUGAAGAAAUGUUUUACUUUAUGGGUAUGUGUAAUUUUCAUGGAACUGCUUGCAUUUUAAACUAAUGUUGUUGUUGUUUUUUUUAAAUUUAAACUUUAAUGUUUAUUUUCCACUUAAACAAAUAAUUCAACUUUUGAAUUAAUCCUGUGAACUCCCAGAGGAGCAUAGGGCUGCAACCAUGCCUCUCCACCGAACUUGGUGCAGCUUUCUUUAUCUGCUCCUUUGUCAUUCUAGUAUCUCCAUCUGGCCUCUUCCAGGUUUGCUUGGGCCUACCCACUUUCCUUUUUCCUUAUGGACUCCAAUCGCAAACCUGCCUUGCUAGAUUGGUAGCUGGUUUUCACAGGGUGUGACCUAUCCAGCUCCACUAUAGCUUCUUGAUAUCUUGGGCAAUGGGUUUUGCCUAGUUCUUUCCCACAAAUUGACAAAAGUUAUCUUUUCCUGCCACCUAAUUCCCAAUACCAGGUGUAGGCAUCUGUUAACAAAGAUCUGGAGUUUUUCCAUUUGUGUUUUGAAUCAAUUUAAAAAAAACAACUUUUAGUUAAUUAAAUAGUGGUGAUUAAUUAAUUUUGAUUGAUAGUGAAAAGGGAAAUAAAUCUUUCAUUAUUGAGGUAGAUGGUUGUAAAUGUUAAGCUCUUUCCCUUAGAUAAGCUUCUUUUUUUUUCUAGUAUUUUUACAAAGCUUAUAUCAACUCACUCUGUCUGUCUGUGUGUCUGUCUGUUUGGCCAAAUGUUUGUACACAUCAUUUCUCAGACAUCCAAUCUCUGAUCAAGUUGAAAUUUUGCACUAUUAUUUCUUUUACCUGACAAAACAAGAAUCAGUUAUAAAAAAAUAACCAAUUAGUAUUUACUUUUUUUGGUAUCUCAAACAGGGGAAAGAAAUAGUACUUGACUGAAGUAGUGGUAUAAGCUUAGUGAACACAAAUUGAAAUAGAAACAAUAGAUAACUCUACAAUCUUCCAUGUUCAUAGACUCUUCACUAGCAUGUUUAUCACAUUGGCUUGAAAAGCCUGAGAAGGCUUUACCCCACAGUUCAAAUUCAGGUUGUUCCUUUUUUUAAAAAAUACAUUUAAAAAGAGAUAACCUAGAUACAUUGUUCUUUCUCCUCCUAUCCCUUUCCAACUGAUACAGACAAGUGACAAGUGAUAGGAUCACAGCGUAUUGAUAACACUAAAAGCAUGAAAUUGUGCUAAACAAAAAAAAAAAUUGGUAUCUAAUACAUAACUGAUUCAAACUAAUUGAUACACUUAAUAUUAGCUUUGUUGUUGUUGUUUUUUUAAUAUUUUUUUGUAUUUUGCUUCUUUAUAUUUUGCUUGUUGAACUGUAAAUUUAAAUAUGGAAAUCUCAUCUAUGAAAACAUUAAUUUUUUUGUUAAUAUGAAUAACCUGAUAGUUACUUUUAAGAAUUCAUUGGCCCUAUAAGCCUUUCUAAAAGGUGGUACCUGCAAAUGAAUGCCUUUUAAAAAAGUAUUGAUGCAUACAUGAUGACACGAUUGUGUCUUGUCAUAUUCUAUCUAGUGCAUGGGGCCCAGCAACUUAUUCUUUAACCCGGUAUGUCCUGCAAGUACCUUUCUACGCCACUGUGCAAAUAGUUUUGUGUCUUUUUUUCUCAAAUAAUGUGAUAAAAAAAUUGUAUAACUAAAUUAAUUUGUUUUUUGUUAUCUAAGCUACUUACACCUUAUAUAUAAAGUAGCAGGAGAGGUGUAUGUAUUUUUUUCAUAGAAAUAAAAAUGUAAGACCAAUCUU